AUGGCAGCGACGGGCACCGGCGGCGGCGGCCGGCGACAUCGCGGCCCACCGGCGCCUGGGGCGGGGAACGGCGCCACGCGCAGAGAGCUACCCCCACCCGCCGGGCGGCGGGGGAGGCGGGAUUGCCCUCGGCGACGGCCGACCCCGGCGGCCGGCCCUUCCCGUGACGCCACGGGCAAGGAGCCGGGACCGCUGCGCAGCUGCCAGCCCAAAAGCACCGGACGUGCUAGAGGAGACAGCGACCCGACGAGGAGGUCGCGGGCCCGGACACCGAGGCCCCUUGGCUCGGGGCGGCUCGCUCUGCAGCAAGGCGGCGGCGCGACAAAAAGGAGCGCCAGUGCGGUGCGCGCGCGGAACGGGCUCUUUUCCCCCGUCCGUGCCCCCAAAUCGGUUCUCAUCGGCUUUCCCCGACCCCGCCCAGUGACAGUUGGGGGCGCCCCGCCCCCGGCCAUUGUCGGUUGGGGGCGCCCCACCCUCCACCACCAGCCUCCCCGGUGCCACUUUCAAACUUUUCCCGCCCAGGUUCCCAACGGCCAGUGCACACAGCGGCAGCGGCGGCGGCAGGGAGAGGAGGGGGGCUCCCGCCGAGGCCAGCAAGCUGAGAGCCUGGCGCAGAAGCGGGGCUGGCGGCGGGAGGAUUGGCGCGGUCUGUUCCUUCUCGAAGAAACUUUCUGUUCGGCUCUCUCUGAGCUUUUUGGUCCGGUGGCGUUUCUUCCCUCUCGGCCCCGGCCCCUGUCGAGCCCGCGGCAGGGCGGCAGCGCGGCGGGCGGCCGAGGGAGCGAGCCACGCAGAACUCGGCGGUGGCCUCUGGGGCAUGGAGGCGGCAGGGCCAGCGGCUUAGGCCGGGAGCCAGAGUCGGCCGCCUUGACGCAGCGGCUUUCGGGGAGGAGGAAGAGCGGGCGUGAGCAGGAGCGUUCGCGCGGCUGCGUGUGCUCGGCGGGCGGGACGGGGCGAGGGGGCCGCUCGCCCGAUGGACGAAAGGGGUCGCCACCGCUCAGCGGCGAGGGGGGCCGACGGCAACCGGUCUAUCCCGUCGAUAGCCGCCAGACACUAAGACCGGCGGAUGGCAAGAGGUCUCCCCGGCUACGGGCCGAGAGGGAGGCGGGGAGGCGGCAGCGGGCAACAGGUCUACCCGGCUGCGGGCCGGGAGGGAGCCGCGGAGGCGGCGGGCAACAGGGCUACCCCGCCGCCGGCCGCCGGAAGCCGAGUCCGGCCGGCCGGCGGCUACAGGUCUACCCGGCUAGGGGCCGGGAGGGAGCCGCGGAGGCGGCGGGCAACAGGGCUACCCCGCCGCCGGCCGCCGGAAGCCGAGUCCGGCCGGCCGGCGGCUACAGGUCUACCCGGCUAGGGGCCGGGAGGGAGCCGCGGAGGCGGCGGGCAACAGGGCUACCCCGCCGCCGGCCGCCGGAAGGGCCGGGAGGGAGCCGCGGAGGCGGCGGGCAACAGGGCUACCCCGCCGCCGGCCGCCGGAAGCCGAGUCCGGCCGGCCGGCGGCUACAGGUCUACCCGGCUAGGGGCCGGGAGGGAGCCGCGGAGGCGGCGGGCAACAGGGCUACCCCGCCGCCGGCCGCCGGAAGCCGAGUCCGGCCGGCCGGCGGCUACAGGUCUACCCGGCUAGGGGGGCCGGGAGGGAGCCGCGGAGGCGGCGGGCAACAGGGCUACCCCGCCGCCGGCCGCCGGAAGCCGAGUCCGGCCGGCCGGCGGCUACAGGUCUACCCGGCUAGGGGCCGGGAGGGAGCCGCGGAGGCGGCGGGCAACAGGGCUACCCCGCCGCCGGCCGCCGGAAGCCGAGUCCGGCCGGCCGGCGGCUACAGGUCUACCCGGCUAGGGGGGCCGGGAGGGAGCCGCGGAGGCGGCGGGCAACAGGGCUACCCCGCCGCCGGCCGCCGGAAGCCGAGUCCGGCCGGCCGGCGGCUACAGGUCUACCCGGCUAGGGGCCGGGAGGGAGCCGCGGAGGCGGCGGGCAACAGGGCUACCCCGCCGCCGGCCGCCGGAAGCCGAGUCCGGCCGGCCGGCGGCUACAGGUCUACCCGGCUAGGGGGGCCGGGAGGGAGCCGCGGAGGCGGCGGGCAACAGGGCUACCCCGCCGCCGGCCGCCGGAAGCCGAGUCCGGCCGGCCGGCGGCUACAGGUCUACCCGGCUAGGGGCCGGGAGGGAGCCGCGGAGGCGGCGGGCAACAGGGCUACCCCGCCGCCGGCCGCCGGAAGCCGAGUCCGGCCGGCCGGCGGCUACAGGUCUACCCGGCUAGGGGGGCCGGGAGGGAGCCGCGGAGGCGGCGGGCAACAGGGCUACCCCGCCGCCGGCCGCCGGAAGCCGAGUCCGGCCGGCCGGCGGCUACAGGUCUACCCGGCUAGGGGCCGGGAGGGAGCCGCGGAGGCGGCGGGCAACAGGGCUACCCCGCCGCCGGCCGCCGGAAGCCGAGUCCGGCCGGCCGGCGGCUACAGGUCUACCCGGCUAGGGGGGCCGGGAGGGAGCCGCGGAGGCGGCGGGCAACAGGGCUACCCCGCCGCCGGCCGCCGGAAGCCGAGUCCGGCCGGCCGGCGGCUACAGGUCUACCCGGCUAGGGGCCGGGAGGGAGCCGCGGAGGCGGCGGGCAACAGGGCUACCCCGCCGCCGGCCGCCGGAAGCCGAGUCCGGCCGGCCGGCGGCUACAGGUCUACCCGGCUAGGGGGGCCGGGAGGGAGCCGCGGAGGCGGCGGGCAACAGGGCUACCCCGCCGCCGGCCGCCGGAAGCCGAGUCCGGCCGGCCGGCGGCUACAGGUCUACCCGGCUAGGGGCCGGGAGGGAGCCGCGGAGGCGGCGGGCAACAGGGCUACCCCGCCGCCGGCCGCCGGAAGCCGAGUCCGGCCGGCCGGCGGCUACAGGUCUACCCGGCUAGGGGGGCCGGGAGGGAGCCGCGGAGGCGGCGGGCAACAGGGCUACCCCGCCGCCGGCCGCCGGAAGCCGAGUCCGGCCGGCCGGCGGCUACAGGUCUACCCGGCUAGGGGCCGGGAGGGAGCCGCGGAGGCGGCGGGCAACAGGGCUACCCCGCCGCCGGCCGCCGGAAGCCGAGUCCGGCCGGCCGGCGGCUACAGGUCUACCCGGCUAGGGGGGCCGGGAGGGAGCCGCGGAGGCGGCGGGCAACAGGGCUACCCCGCCGCCGGCCGCCGGAAGCCGAGUCCGGCCGGCCGGCGGCUACAGGUCUACCCGGCUAGGGGCCGGGAGGGAGCCGCGGAGGCGGCGGGCAACAGGGCUACCCCGCCGCCGGCCGCCGGAAGCCGAGUCCGGCCGGCCGGCGGCUACAGGUCUACCCGGCUAGGGGGGCCGGGAGGGAGCCGCGGAGGCGGCGGGCAACAGGGCUACCCCGCCGCCGGCCGCCGGAAGCCGAGUCCGGCCGGCCGGCGGCUACAGGUCUACCCGGCUAGGGGCCGGGAGGGAGCCGCGGAGGCGGCGGGCAACAGGGCUACCCCGCCGCCGGCCGCCGGAAGCCGAGUCCGGCCGGCCGGCGGCUACAGGUCUACCCGGCUAGGGGGGCCGGGAGGGAGCCGCGGAGGCGGCGGGCAACAGGGCUACCCCGCCGCCGGCCGCCGGAAGCCGAGUCCGGCCGGCCGGCGGCUACAGGUCUACCCGGCUAGGGGCCGGGAGGGAGCCGCGGAGGCGGCGGGCAACAGGGCUACCCCGCCGCCGGCCGCCGGAAGCCGAGUCCGGCCGGCCGGCGGCUACAGGUCUACCCGGCUAGGGGCCGGGAGGGAGCCGCGGAGGCGGCGGGCAACAGGGCUACCCCGCCGCCGGCCGCCGGAAGCCGAGUCCGGCCGGCCGGCGGCUACAGGUCUACCCGGCUAG